GUUACAUAUAUGGCAGACUAUGACAACAUCGAUAAUGUUGAAGCCGGUGUGAUUAUCACUGCGCUUGGAAUCGUAGGUUGUUCUUCAAACUUCAUCGCUAUAUUUCAUAUGUUUGGAAAUGUUGCUUACCAAAACGCCUUCGGCUAUAUAUGUACCUCACAUACUGUAGCAAGCUUUGCUGCCUGCGUCAUUUUCAUAUUUUGGACAGGACCAGCAACGUUUUUGUAA